CCACCAGGGGCUUUCCACAUCGCGUCGUGCAGACGGCAGCAGGUUUCUCCCACCGUGUCUCCUCGCUCUGCGCUCCUCGGAGCGGAGACUCCAGAUGAGCUGCGCGGUGGCGGACGGGGCGCACAUGAAGCCCGUGCCUCUGGUUUUUACCUCACAGGAAGUCGUUUAGGGUGGAUUCCAGGAGGAGUUCGUCACCGACCACUUCGUCCCUCUGUGAACUGUCAAGACGACGGCAUUUGCACCCCCUUCCCUGCGAGAUUUAAACGAAGUCGAAGAAGAGAGCCGGAAGGGGAGUGAUGUCGGAUGGUAAUGUAGAGCCAACCUGAAGGACCUCGGAGCCAUCACUCACUCAGAAUGGCAGCAAGGUUAUCUGGCUAAAGGAUGGUCCUUUGACUCACUGAUGGAGCUGUCAUUAUGGAUAAAAUAAUUACAUAGAACCUUUUGAAAAAUGAGGUCUUCAACCAGUGGAUUGAUCUGAAGGUCAAAACCAUGAAAGAUCAAACAUAAUCACCAACGGUAAAAUCAGCUGGCCUUUUCUCAGUUCAAGGUUUCUUCUUCAGAAAAGCAGAUUGUUCUCCUAAAGGAAAUGGACUGUGAACGUUUUUUAAUUAAUUAUUAUUUUUUUUUUUUUGUCAUUUUGCAACUGCUUAGUCUCAAACCACAUCACUCUACUCCCUAAAAGCGAAGUGGACUAAAAGGGAUGUAGAAGGAAACCGGCCUGGGUGCAUAUCUGCAGAAUCAAAAAUGAAGAAAGUGUGCCAGUAUCAGCUUUGAAGGCAUGUUCCUCCAUUCCCUCGUGCCUUUGUUUCCACAUAAUUUCCCUUCUGACCAGUGAGACAAUCUAGUAAAAUCUGAUGUUUUUGUUACCUGCAAACCUGAAAAAGGUAUUUCCCAAACAGUUUGUUUCACUACUGCAGGUCAUACUUUGAAGAAUCGUAAGAAACUCUCCACAGGGGAGCAGAUACUAAGAAAAAUCAGAAUGACCGACCAUGUUGCAAUACAAGCAGCUUCUCCCUGGGUGGUACAAAUCCAUUAUGCGCCAUGACCUGCCCUGUAUUCAGCAGAUAACUUCAGAUUGAUUUGUGAUCCCAUGGAUUAACUUUCAAGUUCAUUCAAAGAUAGCUUUUAAGUUUGCCCCGGUGGAGCUGUAUUUGACCCAGAACUACAAGUGAAAAACUAUGCCUGCACACGUCAUUGAUACUUAGAGUUCAUGUAGACAUCAGCAAGCUCAUUUUUUUAUUUUUUAUUUUUAUUUUUUUCACCAAUAUGGUUCCUUUUUGGAUAUCGGGACCUCAGACACUGUUGGCAGUACUGGGUCUUCUUUGCUGCUUUAGUUCUGAAGCAUCAAGGACUAGUGGAACGGUCCCAGGAGGGAUCAAACAGGAAGGAGCAUCAUCACUUGAACGAGUAAAGAGAGGAUGGGUAUGGAACCAGUUCUUUGUGGUGGAGGAGUACACGGGCACAGAGCCACUAUACGUAGGAAAGAUCCAUACAGACUCAGAUGAAGGCAAGGGAAACAUCAAAUACACCAUCUCUGGUGAGGGGGCGGGUUCCAUCUUCAUCAUCGACAAGCAGUCGGGAGACAUACACGCCACAGAAAGACUGGACCGAGAGGAGAAAUCCUUUUACACACUUCGAGCUCAAGCUCGAGACCUUCUCACCAAUGACCUGCUUGAACCAGAAUCUGAGUUUGUCAUCAAGGUCCAGGAUAUCAACGACAGUGAACCUCAGUUCUUGGAAGGCCCGUACAUUGGCAGUGUGGCCGAACUAUCACCCAUAGGAACGUCUGUUAUGAAGGUUACUGCCUCCGAUGCUGAUGACCCCACAUACGGCAGCAGUGCUAGAGUGGUCUAUAGUGUGCUGGAUGGAGAAAGAUUUUUUACUGUUGAUAAACACACGGGAAUAAUCAUGACAGCAGUGGCGGAUUUGGACCGCGAGACACAGGAUCGUUAUGAGUUGGUCGUCAAGGCAACAGACAUGGCAGGACAAAUGGGUGGUCUCUCUGGCUCCACCACAGUGACCAUAGUGAUCACAGACGUUAAUGACAACCCGCCACGCUUCACACAGAAGAUGAACCAGUUUUCGGUGUCAGAGGGAGCAGCUGUGGGGACGCCGGUUGGACGCGUCAUUGCUACAGAUGCAGACAUGGGAGAAAACACAGAUAUGAGCUAUCUGAUCAAAGAUGGAGGAGAGCUCUUCAAGGUCACAACAGAUUUAGAGACACAGGAAGCCGUUGUCUCCAUCAAGAAGCCUUUGGACUUUGAGAGCAAGCAGACACACAAUGUUGUUGUAGAAGCAGUAAACAAGCAUGUUGACCCUCGCUUUGUGGACCUGGGGUCUUUCAGAGACCAAACCAUUGUUCGCGUGAGUGUUUCGGACAUCGACGAGCCACCCAUCUUUCAGCCUGCAGAUGGCACAAUAAUGGAAGUUCAGGAGGAUGCCAAAGUUGGGUCGGUGGUUGGGAUCGUCACUGCCCGGGAUCCAGAUGUGACGAAUAAACCUGUGAGAUUCUCCAUUGAUCGGACAACAGACCAGGAUCUGAUCUUCCAUAUUGAUCCGGACUCAGGUGCCAUCACGCUGGGAAAGGUUUUGGACCGAGAGACAGCGGGCUGGCACAACAUCACCGUGAAAGCAGUAGAAGCAGAUAACCACUCGAUGGCUACCUACUCAGAAGUGAGCAUUCGGAUCCUGGAUGUAAAUGACAAUCCUCCUGAACUGGCUAAACCGUAUGAAGCCUCCAUAUGUGAAGAUUCCAAACCUGGGCAGCUAAUUCACACCAUCAGUGUGGUGGAUAGAGAUGAACCCCAGACUGGGCACCGUUUCUUCUUCACUCUCCCUCCUGAAGCAGUUGGCAGUCGUCAUUUCACUUUGUGGGAUGUCAAAGACAACACAGCUGGCAUCCGCACCCAGAGGUCAGGAUUUAACCGCCACGAACAGAAUGUCUACUUCCUGCCCAUUCUUGUGGUCGACAGUGGACCUCCCUCGCUCAGCUCAACGGGCACCCUGACCAUCCACGUCUGCGGUUGUGACACAGAGGGAACCAUCCAGUCGUGCAAUGCAACAGCCUACGUAAUGAGUGCGGCUCUGAGCCCCGGGGCUCUCAUAGCUCUGCUGGUCUGCAUGCUCAUCCUUAUAGUUCUCGUCUUGUUGAUCCUAACCCUGAAACGCCACAGGAAGGGCCAGAGGAUGGCAGAGGACGAGGAGGACAUGAGGGAUAACGUCAUCAAAUACAAUGACGAAGGUGGCGGGGAGCAGGACACUGAAGCUUAUGACAUGAGCGCUCUGAGGAAUCUUUAUGACUUCCCAGAGGCCAAGACUUGCGACUCUGGGCCGGACAUCCGCUCGCUGCCACAGUGGAUACAAGCAAACAGAGUGAACGUGAGUUCAGACGGAGCCACGGCCGCAGCCACGGACUUCUCCCUUUUCAAAGGCUACAUACGUAAGAAGGUGGAGCAGGCUGACGCUGACCUGACUGUGCCACCGUAUGACUCUUUCCAGACAUAUGCCUUUGAGGGCACCAGUUCACCUGCGCUUUCGCUCAGUUCUAUCCACACGCUGUCCAACACAUCAGAGCAGGAUUUCUCCUAUCUCCACGACUGGGGACCACGCUUCAGGCAACUCGCAGGCUACUACGCUCCAGGAAACCGUGAGGAGGAAGCGUCCUAGCACAGCUUCUCGCCAGUCGAGAGACUGUUAAACACUUUUUGUUCCUUCUCCUUUUUCUAUCUCCUGACCCUCUGGCACUCUACUGACACCAUCAGAGCUAACCUCGUGUACUGAUUCAAGACAAAGACAUGAAAGUUAAAAUUCAUUUAAGCAAACUUUGGUUUUUGUCACCCUUUUUUGCUUUUUUUUUUUUUUUGGUGGAAUUUAAAUUUGAAGUUUUACAUUAGCGAUGAAGAGAGUUAAAGACACCCAAAUAUUUAAGACAGGUUUGUUUACGAAUAAAAAAUUAAUAAAUGCUGAUUUUUAAGCUACAAAAAUAAUCAGAAUGUAGAGGGUUGCAGAUGCAAACUGAAAAGAGUUUGCACUUAUUUAUGGAAGGGGGAAAACGUUGAAAUUAUUUAUUUAUUUAUUCAUUCAUGUAUUUAUUCAUGCCGUAAUUAUGGUGGCAACAGUGAACUUUUUGUGCUAAAGUGCUAAAAAGAAAGGGAGGACGAAUGGAAGAAGAGCUGCAGUGCCAGAGGACUGCGCAGAUCACUGGUUCAGUAUUAACAUGUGGACCGUAAAAAACGAACACUGUUAAAAAGAUACAAAUAUUUGUAUUUAUUUUAUAUGGUAAGUUUUGUAAAACAUCAAGUGAAGAGAGGUAACGGAAAAAUAGACAAAAAAACUAAAGAACUGUAGUGUCAGAACAGCUAAGACUGAAAUUUUGCUGCGUUUUAGUGAUUUAUAAAAACAAAAAAAGGGGAAAUCUGAACUUGAGAACUUGAGUCUUUUCUUACCCGCUCCACAGCCAUUUCUAAGGUAAUGUGGCACAAACCGCUACAGUGAUUUAGGAAUAAAAAAAGAGUUGGCUGAUGGCCAGCUUUGUGCCACAAGGAGCCAUUAUAUAUUCCAGAUUUUUGUCUUAAUGUGUGCAAAAAAAUAUAAUUUUGUUUUAUUUCCCAAGAUGUUUGAUUUUGUUUUUAAUAUUUUGUUUACUUUAUGGGAGGGAAGGGAUAUCUGUUCCUACAAAACGGUGUGUCUAAAACAAGAGGGGGAAGGAUUUGGGGUAGCACAUGAUAAAUUUGUUCACAUUCACCUGAUAUCCCACUUUAUUCCAUGUUGACCUUAACUUGCAAUUGUAUUGAAAAAAAAAAAAGAAUAAAUAUUUAACUUUUUGGGUAAAAUCUCAAUGUGUCUGAUAGUCUAAACGACGGAGUAAAUUUACUUUUGUAAACGAGAUCACUCCAGCGAAGGCAGGAUAGCCCCCAUGUUAGUAAUUGUUGUGUUUAAAGUGGUUGCUGAAGACUUCUUCUGAAUUAUGAAUAAUUGCAGAGAUGGUUUUUGCUCACUCCAGGGGUAGAUUUGGAGAAUAGUUGUAGGUUUGAAACAAACACACCAUAUGACAGAACACAGCCAAACAAAUAUUCAUCUCCCUGUUUCUCUCCCUCCUGGCUGUCUUCUGCCAAGACACUGUAAUUGUCCAAGUCACCAGAGGACACUGAGGCCUGUGAAGCUACUUUCAUCUGCACAGUAAAACACUGAAUUAUUCUUCUAUGGCUCUCCUGCCAAUAAAACGUGGUUUGAACAUAAAUUAUCCACCACUGCAAUACGAAGCGGUCACUGGCUAAAUGGCAGUAACUUGAUACUUUAACAUUGUGUUGUGUUUCCUUUUCCUACCAGAAAACAAGUAAUUUAGAAGCGUCACUAAAUGGUGUUGCAGUAUAAUUAAGUUUACGCCCCUCUGUCCUAUUGGCCUAGCUGUGUGCAGUCCUUAAUUGCACUGAGUGGCUGCACCUCUAGGUGAAAGACAAAAAGCCUGCUUGAUACAGCUUCAGGCUGCUUGGGAGCUCUUGCUUCUUUGCUGUUUUGGUGGGGCAUCAUAAAUGGCUGUUUUCCUUUAAAAUACUCCUAAACUCCAGAAAUUUGUUUGGUCUCCAUCUGAUGUUAAGGUCCCGUGAGCCGGCCUGUAACAUAAAUGGGGGCUUGUCCGGGAUGGGGACCUGGGGCCUCUCGCAUCCCAUGAAAGAAUCAUGCACCUAGACCAUUUUAUCGUUGUUUUCUGUUUAAAUAAUAAUUAGUAAAUGUAAUUAACUCACAUCUGAUGUAGAUCAAAUUGAGAAAAAAUAUGAUCAGAAUAACUUCUACGACGAAACUCAAACUAAUUUCACAAUUCCUUGUCUUAACCAGUAUGCCACAUUCUAUUCUAUACCACACUGAGCAUUACAGCAUAAGCAUACUUAUUUAUUUAUUUGUUUAUUUUUUCAAUGGAAGGUUUUCAUCAUCUAUUAUUAAUCACAGCUCUUUGCCCAACAGCAUUUGGUAACGAAAAAACAAAAGUUGUAAGCUGAAGGGAAAUACACACAUGUAGGUCAGCUUUGCAGUGCUAAAGAUAGAAACAGACUAAAGCACAUGCCUUUGAAGAAAUUCUGUACCUCACAGUGUUGCCUAGAUGGUAGUGAGUUGUGUGACUAAAUCUUUGAAACAAAAUCUAGUAUUCUAGAGAUGAAGAAAGCCCACUGUUGCCUCUUUUCUUCAGUCAUGCCCUAUGAGCCAAAUGAGCCUCGUUCAUCUUCAAUCACUGUCAGAGAACAUGUCACUCAUUAGUGAUGACCUGCACAUGUGAACAUAUGAAUGUGUUGCCAUCAGUCAGAACAUCCCCCUCCAACUCAAAGGGCAACAAGGAGCUAGCCAUUAGUUAUGCAGAUGGACCUUUGGUGAUUGACAGUUCUCUGGGGGAAAGCGGUGAGCACAUUAAAUAUCAGCUUCCCUUCUCUUUGUACUUGGCUUGAUGAUGACAAUUGAUUAAACACGGGGGGAAGUGAGGUGGAUGGGCUGCAAGGGAUGAGAUGAGUCUGAGGUUAAAAAUGUGGGCUGCACAAAAUAUCAAUCAUAUGUAGCUAUUAGCUAUUUCAUUUCCAGGGACACUGAAAACAAAAGUUUCACCUUCAGCCCAGUAAAAUCAAGUCCCUUUUGCAAUAGCAGACCGAGUUUAGAUCACAAAGCCAAAACAAGUUUUUGACCGGCUUUAUAAAAUGAAUUGAGGUUACUGGUUUACUCACAUGGCUAUUGUCUCUUUAUCAAAAAAA